AUGCAGGCCCCAGUGGUGGUUAUGAACACUGCCACUGGCGAUCGCCAGACUGGUCGCCAAGCACAGAAAUCCAACAUCACCGCCGCCAAGACCGUCGCCGAUAUCAUUCGAUCAUGUCUGGGUCCCAAAGCCAUGCUGAAGAUGUUGCUGGAUCCUAUGGGGGGUAUUGUCCUUACCAACGACGGCCACGCUAUCCUCAGAGAGAUCGAAGUCGCACAUCCAGCGGCGAAAAGCAUGAUUGAAUUGGCAAGAACGCAGGACGAGGAAGUGGGAGACGGCACAACGACUGUCAUUAUUCUGGCAGGAGAGAUCCUCGCUCUUUCCCUGCCUCAGCUGGAGCGCAACAUCCACCCAGUCGUGAUCAUCCAGGCCUUCAAGCGUGCGCUGGCCGACGCAUUGAAGAUCAUCCAGGAUGUGUCAAUACCGGUCGACAUCAACGAUAACGAGGUCAUGCGAAAUCUGAUCGCUACCUCGAUCGGCACAAAAUUCACAUCUCGCUACUCAGAUCUCAUGUGCGACCUUGCACUGGUCGCCGUGCGGACCGUGACCUUCGAUGCUGGUGGUGGCAAGCAAGAGGUGGAUAUCAAACGGUAUGCGCGUGUGGAGAAGGUGCCUGGAGGAGAAAUCGAAGACAGCAGAGUUCUCGACGGAGUCAUGCUGAACAAGGACAUCACACACCCAAAGAUGCGAAGGCGGAUAGAGAACCCAAGGGUUGUUCUCCUUGACUGCACGCUGGAGUACAAGAAGGGUGAAUCACAAACGAAUAUCGAAGUCACCAAAGAGGAGGACUGGAACAAGAUUCUGCAGAUUGAGGAGGAACAGGUGCGAGCGAUGUGCGAUGCUAUUAUCGCUGUGAAGCCAGAUCUUGUCAUCACCGAGAAGGGAGUAUCAGAUCUUGCACAACACUUUUUCGUCAAGAAUAACAUCACCGCGCUUCGACGAGUACGAAAGACCGACAACAACCGAAUCGCUCGUGCUACGGGUGCCACUAUUGUCAACUCCGUCUACGACAUCACAGAGCGCGACGUCGGAACCGGAUGUGGUUUAUUCGAGAUCGAGAAGAUUGGCGACGAGUACUUCACCUUCAUGACCAAGUGCAAGAACCCGAAGGCGUGCACUAUCCUCCUCCGCGGACCAUCAAAAGACAUUCUGAACGAAAUCGACCGAAAUCUGGCAGAUGCGAUGGGUGUGGCAAGAAACGUCAUCUUCCAUCCUUACCUCUCACCCGGUGGUGGCGCAACAGAAAUGGCAUGCGCGGUGCGGUUAAGCCAAACAGCCAAGUCGAUCGAAGGUGUUCAGCAGUGGCCAUACAAGGCUAUUGCAGAAGCAAUGGAAGUCAUUCCUCGCACACUCAUCCAAAAUGCAGGUGCAUCGCCCAUCAGAGUGUUGACACAAUUGCGAGCGAAGCAUGCCGAGGGAGGCAGCACAUGGGGUAUCGAUGGCGACGCAGGAAAGAUUGUCGACAUGAAGGACUUCGGCAUCUGGGAACCACAAGCUGUGAAGCUGCAGAGCAUCAAGACUGCUGUGGAAUCUGCAUGCUUACUGCUGAGAGUGGACGACAUUGUUGGCGCGAAGCAGGCAAAGACGAGCGGUGGCGGCAUGGGUGGCGAUGACUAG